AAGAGGCCCAUUUACUUUGGACAAUUGCAAUCUAUGCAUUUGAUCACCAACUGUUCAACGAAAAUGGCCAAAGAACUACCACAACACCAACAUCUUCAACUAAGUCACUCUCUCUUUCUUCACUUCACUACCAUUACCUUAAACUCACUAUUACUACACUUUUAUUUUCUUUACAUUCUUUUCUUCUGUUUCUUAACAUAAACUUUCUGUGCUUUUUUCUCUCACUAUCUAAUAUGGACCGUACUACUGACAAACAUCAGCAACAACAGCAGUUGUCUUUGGCAAAGAAUGGCAGACAAAGAUACAAUGAAUGGAUUUUUCGCGAUGUACCAAGUGAUAUAACUAUAGAAGUGAAUGGAGUAACAUUUUCAUUACACAAGUUUCCUCUCGUUUCUCGAAGUGGACGAAUCCGGAGGUUAGUUGCAGAACACAGAGAUUCUGAUAUCUCAAGAGUUGAGCUUCUUAAUCUACCGGGAGGUGCUGAAUGUUUUGAGUUGGCUGCCAAAUUCUGUUACGGCAUAAACUUUGAAAUUACAUCCACAAAUGUUGCACAGCUAUGUUGUGUUUCCGAUUACCUUGAAAUGACCGAAGAUUUCUCAAAAGACAACUUAAGUUCGCGGGCCGAGGAAUAUCUUGAUUGCAUUGUCUGCAAAAAUCUUGAAAUGUGUGUUGAAGUCUUGCAACAAUGCGAAAGCCUGAUUCCUCUAGCUGAUGAGAUGAGAAUAGUUACUCGUUGCAUCGAUGCAAUAGCUUCGAAAGCUUGUGCUGAGCAAAUAGCUUCGAGUUUUUCAAGAUUAGAGUAUAGCAGCUCAGGUAGGUUGCAUAUGAGCAGGCAGGCCAAAUGUGAUGGUGAUUGGUGGAUAGAAGAUCUGUCUGGUCUAAGAAUUGACAUUUAUCAACGAGUCAUAACAGCGAUGAAAUGUCGUGGUGUUCGGCCAGAAAGUAUUGGUGCUUCCCUUGUGAAUUAUGCAGAGAAAGAGUUGACAAAGAAAUCAAGCUUGUGGAAUCAGUCUAGCCAAAAUAAAGUUGAUUCAAAUUCAACUUUGCACGAAAAGCUUGUGGUUGAGACUAUUGUCAGCCUUUUGCCUGUUGAGAAGCUCGCUAUACCGAUCAAUUUCCUUUUCGGGCUGCUGCGAAGUGCGGUCAUGCUCGAUUGCACAAUUGCAUCUAGACUUGAUUUGGAAAGAAGGAUUGGAUCACAGUUGGAUCAGUCCACACUAGAUGAUAUUUUGAUUCCAUCUUUCAAGCAUGGAGGUGAUACCUUAUUUGAUGUUGACACAGUUCAUAGACUUUUAGUAAAUUUCUGUCAGCAGGAUGAUAGUGAUGAUGAUCUUGAAGACGGUUCUCUUUUCGAAUCCGAUAGUCCUCGUUCACCCUCACAAACUUCGUUAGUAAAGGUGUCGAAGUUAGUGGACAAUUACCUUGCUGAAAUUGCCCCUGAUGUGAACUUGAAGCUUUCUAAGUUUUUGGUCAUUGCAGAAACAUUGCCGGAACAUGCACGAACCGUUCAUGACGGCUUAUAUCGAGCUAUCGAUAUUUACUUAAAAGCACAUCAAAGUUUGUCAGAUUUGGACAAGAAGAAACUAUGCAAGUUAAUUGAUUUUCAAAAGCUUUCUCAAGAAGCCGGAGCGCACGCCGCGCAAAACGAGCGCCUUCCUCUACAAUCAAUAGUGCAAGUUCUAUAUUUUGAACAACUAAAGCUAAGAAAUAAUUUGUCCUCCACCAAUGUUGAUGAUGACCAAAAGCCAAUCCACCAAUCAUGGCGCAUAAGUAGUGGUGCACUAAGCGCAGCAAUGUCUCCACGCGACAACUACGCAUCAUUGAGGCGUGAAAACCGCGAGCUAAAACUCGAGUUGGCUCGACUUAGAAUGAGACUAAAUGAUCUAGAGAGGGAGCAUGUUUGCAUGAAGAGGGAUAUGGCGAAGUCCGGAUCGCGUAAAUUUAUGAGUUCUUUUUCGAAAAAAAUUAGUAAGCUUAGUCUCUUUGCAGGACAUAGUUCAUCCAAAGGAUCAAGUUCUCCAUCUAGGAAUUCUCAUAGAACAGAUUCAAAGGUUAUUGAGAGAACUUGUGCUAGCACAGAAUAGGUAUUAUUUUUUUUCUUGUUUUAAUCCUUAAGUGUAUUAAAUAGUGACAUAUUCACUUUAUUAUUCAUUAUCUUUGUUCCUUUUGGAAACUUAUGUGUUAGUACUACUAGGACUUUUCUCUUGCUUGUAGGUUCUGUUUUUUUUUUGGGAUUGUAGCAAUAGCUUCUUUUAACUAGUGUGUAUAAAAUGUUGACAUGAAUGUUAAAAAGUAUAUGAUAUAA